AUGGAAAUUUUUGCCAAUUUGGAGUCGGUCAUAGUGAAGCAAAAGAAAUCCAGCAGCAUCUUUAAUGCAAAUCGAAAAUAUGAAGUCUACCAUCCCAAUGGCCAGCAGAUUCUUCUCGCCUCCCAGGACAAUGACUUCAUGGAUCGGAAUUUUCUACCGGAACACCACAUGACAAUAAACGUUACCACUCCCGAAAAGAAAGUUAUAAUGCAUGUUGCCCGGCCCGAGCAAGUUUUCUGUGAAUCGAAGCCACAAGUUGAUGUCUUUGGGCCAGGAGGCAAAUUUCUGGCCAAGAUCAAGCUGAAGGGCAAAGUUUUUACGGCCAGUUUCAAAGUCGUCGACGACAAAAAGAAUCUUAUGUUUAAAAUCAGUGAAAAUGGGGCUUUGCAGCCUGAGUACAUAGUCACCGAUCCUAGGGGACAGGAAUUUGGUAGAAUCGGAAAGAAGUUUGCUGGAGUUCUACAGGAAAUGUUCACAUCCGCUGACAAUUUCCAAGUCACAUUUUCCAGGACUGCGAAUGUGGAAACUAAGGCGAUUAUCCUUGGUGCAACACUUCUGAUUGAUGCCGUUUGCCAUGAAUAA